UCUUCCAAAAUAAUAUCAGCCAGCUCGACGUUGUCUUGAUAAAUUUCGGAAAAUGCGACGAUUGCGUUCCUCCCAGAGGUGGGUGGUCUCCGUUUCGAUACCUUCAUCGGCUGGCUUCCCCUUCUCCUUCGUCUUGCUCCUCUGCUCGCCGAGGUAGGCACGCUUUCUUCCCUUGUUCCUCCUCCCUACCCGCGACCCCUUCUUCCGAUGCUACCAACCAUGGAGGUGGAUAGAUUAUUUCUUUCUUGAGGCUUGCUGUUAGCCCUACCCCUAGUGCUAUCAGCCCGUAGGUACGGAGCAGAACGAUGCUUUCUUGCACGCUGCUGUCAUGAGCGAUUCGUCGACACCUUAUGGGCAUCGGGCAAAGCCAAAUAAUGGAUGGAUAGUUGAUCCAUGACUGCCAGGACUGCGGGAAUCCAACCACGUUCUUUUUAUGAAUUCGGUUGCUGGUCUCAACAAUCAAACCUCGUCCUUCGUCUUAUACACUGAAAUGAUGAAAUCUCUGCUUGCUAGUUGGACAGCACAACUCUUUUCUUGAGCUGCGUGUGGAUCUUGUUCAGAAAUAUAUUAAAUUAUAUCGCAACAAGGUGAAGGCAAAUAUGGCGGAUGCCCUUUUUGUCGUUCUCAGAAAAGUCGCUCUUUCCCUGGGAGAAGGGGCACUAGAGAAGAUUGGCACGGAGAUGGUCGAAGCAGCAUCAAUCUUGACAGAUUUUGAGCAUAGCAUGAAACAAAUCGAGGGAGAGCUCUCGAUUCUGCGGGCCUUUAUUGGCCAGGUUAGUGCACAGAAAGUCGGUGACAAGGCAUUCGAUGCAUGGUUGGACCAAGUUAGAGAUGUUGCCCAUGAGGUGGAAGACAUCAUUGAUGAGCAUGCUUACCUUACUGCGCAAGCCGUGGAUCCAAGCAGCUUCUUCAAGAGAAAGUUCCAUCAGAUCAAGAACUUGGCAGAAUGGCAGAGGUUGCCGAUCCAGAUCAAUCAAGUAGAAGCUCGAAUUCAGAGGCUAGCAGAAAUGAGGAACCGAUAUGGCAUCUCGAUAGGUGAGUUAGUUAGAAGUAACAAGUUGCAGAACACUAAUCAGCUUUCUCUGUCGGAUUCUGCUUACCUAACUGAUAACUCUGAGAUAGUGGGGAAUGUGGAUGAAAUUGGAAGAUUGACACAAUGGCUACUUGAAGAGAGACAAGACCGAACUCUAAUGGCCAUCUUUGGUAUGGGAGGUUUGGGCAAAACUACUAUCGCAAGCAGUGUCUACAAGAAUCAAAGGAUCAAAAGAGCUUUUGAUUGUUACGCAUGGGUUACUGUAUCUCAGACUUAUCAAGUUGAUGAACUACUAAGAGAAAUUAUUAAUCAGCUAAUAGACGAAAGAGCAAGCAUGGCAAGUGAUUUCAUGACCAUGAGCCGCAUGAGAUUAGUUGAGGUAAUACAAAGCUAUUUGCGGGACAAAAAAUAUUUGAUUGUCUUGGAUGAUGUAUGGGACAAAAAUGCUUGGUUAUUUUUGAACUAUGCAUUUGUCAGAAGCAAGUGCGGCAGUAAAGUGCUGAUAACAACACGGAGAAAAGACGUGUCUUCUUUGGCAGUUGACCGCUAUGUCAUUGAACUUAAAACUCUUAAAUAUGCAGAAUCUUGGGAACUAUUCUGUAGAAAGGCGUUUCCUGCAUCAAAAGAUAACAUAUGUCCUGAACAUCUUCGAUCUUGGGCUGAGAAAAUUGUUGCCAAGUGUCAAGGAUUGCCUCUGGCUAUUGUAACCAUUGGAAGUAUUCUGUCGUACCGUGAAUUAGAGGAAAAGGAAUGGGCAUUUUUCUACAACCAACUUAGCUGGCAAUUAGCAAACAAUCCAGAGCUCAAUUGGAUUUCUAAUGUUCUGAAUCUGAGCAUGAAUGAUCUCCCAAGCUAUCUGCGGAGCUGCUUUCUGUACUGCAGCCUCUAUCCUGAAGAUUACAAGAUUAAAAGAAAACUGAUUUCCAAGUUAUGGAUCGCGGAAGGUCUUGUGGAAGAGAGAGGAGAUGGAACAACAAUGGAGGAAGUUGCCGAGUGUUACCUUACAGAGCUCACUCAGCGCUCACUUCUUCAAGUCACAGAAAGGAAUGCAUGUGGAAGGGCUAGAACAUUUCUUAUGCAUGACCUUGUGCGAGAGGUAACGUCGAUCAUUGCUAAAAAGGAGAAGUUUGGUAUUACAUAUGGCGAUGUUGGUAUAUCCCAAGGUUCCCAUGAAGCCCGUCGCUUAUGCAUCCAAAGAGGUGCCCAGUCCUUGAAUUCUUUAGCUGGUUCUCGGCUCCGCUCGUUCAUUUUGUUUGACACUGAAGUACCAUGUUCUUGGAUAUAUGAUAGUUUAUCACGUUUCAGACUACUGAGGGUCCUAUGCCUAAGAUUUGCCAAUAUUGAACAAGUGCCGGGCAUGGUCACAGAAUUGUAUAACUUGCGUUAUCUAGAUUUUUCACACACAAAAGUGAAGAAGAUACCAGCGUCAUUCGGAAAACUUGUUAAACUACAAGUUUUGGAUCUGAGAUUCAGCAACGUAGAGGAGUUACCAUUGGAAAUAACUAUGCUAACUAAUUUACGGCAUUUACAUGUUGGCAUAAUCCAUGAUCUCCAAGAAAGAUCAUUGAAUUGCUUAAGUGCUACAAAACUUCCUGGUAAUAUUUGUCAUUUAAAGAAUCUGCAAGCUUUAUAUACUGUUUCAGCCAAUAAAGGUUUGGUUUCACAGUUGGGGAACUUGACACUGAUGACAAGUUUGGGCAUAUUGGAAGUGCAGCAAAGCUACAUUGCAGAGUUAUGGAACUCCCUGAAAAAGAUGCCUAACCUGAGCAGGCUACUUGUUUCCACGUGUGAUAUCAAGGAGGUUCUCAACUUGAAAAUGCUAAAGCCGUUACCAAAUCUGAAGCUUUUCUGGCUGGCAGGAAAGUUGGAGGGAGGCAUUCUCCCAUCAAUAUUUUCUGAGUCUGACAAAUUAGUACAGUUAAAAUUGGACUGGUCUGGUCUGAAGAAGGAUCCUAUCAGCUCCUUCUCUCACAUGUUAAAUCUAGUUGAUCUGUGGCUCUUCGGUGCAUAUGAUGGGGAACAGCUAACCUUUUGUGCAGGAUGGUUCCCCAAACUCAAAUCUCUGCAGUUAGCUGACAUGGAACAUCUGAAUCAGAUUGAGAUAGAGGAUGAAACAAUGAGGAGCCUACAUCUUUUGGAACUUUCUGGUUUAAGGAAUCUAAAGGCUGUACCUGAGGGCAUCAAGUACAUCAGGACACUCCACCAGAUGUUUCUGACAGAUAUGCCAAAUGAGUUCAUAGAAAGACUGCAAGGAAAUGACAAUCACAUUGUUCAGCACAUACCUAACAUCCAUAAUUUUGACUCCGCUGAUUCUCAAGCAGUAAAUAACUUCAUCUUUUUGCCAUACCUUGCCAAGAAGUAUGGUCCUGGUGCAACUAAGUACGCCCCUACAAAAUGAGACUCAUCUGGUACUUGGGAGGUUGGUGGUGGUUGCUUUGAGCAAGAAAUAUGAAGUUGCUUUGUAGACCAAUUGCUUGAAGAACGAACAAAUCGCGAAAAUGUACCUUUUCAUCUUGGUGCCAAAACUUUAGGCGACCUUACUGUUUCUGUGUUGUACCUUAUACAUGGAUUUGGAACCUCUCUACUGAAAUGGUUUCCUACGGUCAUUUAAAGAUUAACUCAACCAUAACAAACCACUGUUUGCAUGAA